CGCGCUCGCUCGCGGGAAAGGAUGGCGGGGCCCGCGCCAGGCGCCAUCAUGGACGAGGACUACUUCGGGAGCGCGGCCGAGUGGGGCGACGAGGCGGACGGCGGCCAGCAGGAGGAUGAUUAUGGAGAGGGGGAGGAUGACGCAGAGGUCCAGCAAGAAUGCCUACAUAAGUUUUCUACCCGGGAUUACAUAAUGGAGCCCUCCAUCUUCAACACUCUGAAGAGAUAUUUUCAGGCAGGAGGGUCUCCGGAGAAUGUUAUCCAGCUCUUAUCAGAGAACUACACUGCUGUGGCACAGACUGUCAACCUGCUGGCUGAGUGGCUCAUUCAGACAGGUGUUGAACCAGUGCAGGUUCAGGAAACUGUGGAAAAUCACUUGAAGAGUUUAUUGAUCAAACAUUUUGACCCACGCAAAGCAGAUUCUAUUUUUACUGAAGAAGGAGAGACCCCAGCUUGGCUUGAACAAAUGAUUGCACAUACCACAUGGAGAGAUCUUUUUUACAAACUGGCUGAAGCCCAUCCAGACUGUUUGAUGCUUAACUUCACUGUUAAGCUUAUUUCUGAUGCAGGGUACCAGGGGGAGAUAACCAGCGUGUCCACAGCCUGCCAGCAGUUGGAAGUGUUUUCUAGAGUACUUCGUACCUCUCUAGCUACAAUUUUGGAUGGAGGAGAAGAAAACCUUGAAAAAAAUCUCCCUGAGUUUGCCAAAAUGGUGUGCCACGGGGAACACACGUACCUGUUUGCCCAGGCCAUGAUGUCCGUGCUGGCCCAGGAAGAGCAAGGAGGCUCCGCCGUGCGCAGGAUCGCUCAGGAAGUUCAGCGCUUCGCCCAGGAGAAAGGCCAUGAUGCCAGUCAGAUCACACUAGCGUUAGGCACAGCUGCCUCCUAUCCGAGGGCUUGUCAGGCCCUUGGGGCUAUGUUGUCCAAAGGAGCCCUGAAUCCGGCCGACAUCACAGUCUUGUUCAAGAUGUUUACAAGCAUGGACCCGCCUCCUGUUGAACUUAUCCGGGUGCCGGCCUUCCUGGACCUGUUUAUGCAGUCACUCUUUAAACCAGGGGCCAGGAUCAACCAAGACCACAAGCACAAGUACAUCCACAUCUUGGCUUAUGCAGCAAGCGUGGUGGAGACCUGGAAGAAGAACAAGCGAGUGAGCAUCAAUAAAGAUGAGCUGAAGUCAACAUCGAAAGCUGUUGAAACUGUUCAUAAUUUGUGUUGCAAUGAGAACAAAGGGGCCUCUGAACUAGUGGCAGAGUUGAGUACACUUUAUCAGUGUAUUAGGUUUCCAGUGGUAGCAAUGGGUGUGCUGAAAUGGGUGGACUGGACUGUAUCAGAACCCAGGUACUUCCAGCUGCAGACGGACCAUACGCCUGUACACCUGGCGUUGCUGGAUGAGAUCAGCACCUGCCACCAGCUCCUGCACCCCCAGGUCCUGCAGCUGCUUGUCAAGCUUUUUGAGACUGAGCACUCCCAGCUGGAUGUGAUGGAGCAGCUGGAGUUGAAGAAGACCCUGUUGGACAGGAUGGUGCACCUGCUGAGUCGAGGUUAUGUACUUCCUGUUGUCAGUUACAUCCGCAGGUGCCUGGAGAAGCUGGACACGGACAUUUCCCUCAUUCGCUAUUUCGUGACUGAGGUGCUGGAUGUUAUUGCUCCUCCGUACACCUCUGACUUUGUGCAGCUUUUCCUCCCCAUCCUGGAAAACGAUAGCAUCGCAGGCACCAUUAAAACAGAAGGCGAACAUGACCCUGUGACGGAAUUUAUAGCUCACUGCAAGUCUAACUUCAUCCUGGUGAACUAAUUUAGAGCAUCUUCCAGAGCUGAAGUGGAACAUUCCAGACCAGUUGUUGGAAAAGUCCUUUCCAGAAACUUGUUUGAAGAGGCUCAGUUAGCAGCUUGGAAAUGGGCUCUGCUGGGAGGAGGUGGAUAACUUUUUAAAAAAGAAGAUGUUAGCAGUAUACGUGAAUUCUAUUCACUUCUAUUCUGAAUGGUCCCCUCUCCUUCUUGUAAAGCCAGGGCCACCCCUAAAUCCUGUUUACAGUAUUCUUUCCCCCAAUAUAGAAACUAGGUUCACGUUACCUCUCAGGAUGGAGCCAGGUGUCAGCCCCAAGGGUGGUGGGAAUUCGGAAACAGACACUUAAAUGAACUGCUUUCAAAGUUGACUUAAGUCUUUUACAAGAACCCAAUUAGCUAGUUGAUAUUUUAUUGUAAUUGUUUUAAUUUUCCAAGAACAAAUAAAAAAAGGCUUUCUGGGUUGGAAGGUAUA